ACUCUCAAUGGAAGUCUCGAGUGUACCCCUCUCGCUGCCCCCAUCCCACGAGCGCCAGUUGCGCGUGCCGCCAACAUGGCUCAAGCGGGUGGGCUCCUGGCGGUGCCGAGCGCCAUGCGAUCAUUGCACGCCUUGCCGUGUAGAUUGUUUGGCAUUGUUUGGUGCUCGUGCUGCGCAGCGUUGCUCCACGGAUCGCCGCGGUUGGGUUUGAGCGACGCCGCACGCACCGUGGUGCUGGUGUUGUUCGACAGCAAGAGGCUGGAUCAGUGGCCCGGCUUCCUCGCCUACUAUGCGAAUUCUGGGACUCCCAUUGGUGCGUUGGACGUAGUUUGCAUGGACCGGGGCAGCAAGGAGAUGAUGGAUAAUUUCACCCGGGAGCGCCCAGGAUUUGUGAGGAAGGUACAGAUUGCCUACGGCCCAAACUCCGAGUCCACGCGAGUCAAGGCUGGCAGCCCUCGAAGGCUCUGGCCUCCCGACAAUUACCAAAGGGAUAUCUUCGUUUUCAUAGAGCAGAGGUUGAAGGCUGGUGAGCACGUAAUUCACUUGGACCUGGACGCGUACCCGAUCCAGGACGUCUGGCGUUUCUUCGUGCUCGGCGCGCCCUCCUCGGUUGGCGAGCCCAGAGCUUCCGCAGAUGUGAUUGCUGGUUGCGACUGCUUUGGGCCUGGCCGACUAGAGCACCUUUGCGCGCUGAAUCCUGGCGUCUCGUUCUACCGCGCCAGCGCGGGGACGCUCAAGCUGGUACAGGGUGUGUUGGACAUUUGGGACAGUUGCGCUGACCAGAAGAAGAUUAUGGACUGCGUCGGUGCUCCUGGACGCCAAGGGGGCGACUCGGGCAUGAUUCAGGGCCGCUGGAAAAGCAGCCAAGAGGGGUCGGACAUGUUCAUGUUGAACAAGCAGAUUAUCCAAGGAUCUGGGGAAAUGCACCUGGGUGCACCGGAAGAGCAAAAACGAUAA